GGUUCCAAAGAAGAAAGCUUGUUUGUCAAAUUAUCCAGGGAAAUGAAUGCGCUGUUGGAACAACGUAAGUUUGAAUUUUACGUUGACGGCAAAUGAGCGGCUCUCUCUGCCGCGUGAGAAAUAUUCCACAAGAGAUACUGACCAGCAGUAGAAAAUAGUUGAAGAGUACGGUGAAAAGAGGUUGAAUGGAAUCUCCUAUGCCAAUACUACAUGACUGUAGAUGAAGGCUACAAGGUAUGUAACAUCCUUCAUGAUAGUAGAAGAGGACGAAGCCGCGGCAAAUGCUACGAGAGUGACCAAGACGGCGGUCACGUUGAGAAAGCUAACCGAAGCGACUGUGGUCGGCUGACUGUAUUAUCGACUCUCGCAGUCGUCCACGGUGUCGUAUUGCUAAGCGUGCUGCCGACAUAUCACCUUCUUCGCUUUGACUGCCAGCUCCUUCAGCUACAGUCAUGACAAUCUUGGUGGUCGGUAAAAACAGCACCACUACGAGGACAGGAAUCAAAAAUACAAGUUGAGAAUAGAGAAGACGAAGGACCGACUGCGACUCAUCGACGACAUCUCUGAUACGAAAUAUUAGCAAUGAGAAAUGACAGUUUCUUCGGUCACACGGAAGAGGAGUAACGUUCAGCGUCAACUAGGUCGAAGCAUCGUCAGUAGCUGCAAUUCAGCGAUGUUACUACAAGAGCAAGGAAAAGAAGCUUAAGGAGGUAUAACGGGAAGGAGAGAGUAGCUGCAUCCGGAACAUACAGCACACAGGCAUAAUAUCAGAAGCAGGACCGAAGAUAGUAGUUUUAUUUCUUUGCAGAAUCCAUCCUCUAGUACAUAGUACCGUAGAAGGAUCAUCAUGGUGUUCCCUGCGAAGCCGACACCACCAUCGCCUUCGGAGGCUGCUGAGCGUAUCCGCUCAGCGGCUGCGAAGGUAACGCCGAAAGGCCUGAAUGUCCGCAAAAGUCCCAGUAAUUUGGAGGAUCCCGCGAUCGAGGCUAAGAUACAGGAGGUUCAGGCGAAACUUGAUGCUCACACCUGGAAAGAUCUCGCGGAGAAGGACCGUGCCUAUCUCGAAAACUAUUUCGCGAGCAAAUGCAGUACUUCUCCCUAUGCUCGCUGAAUCACGACUCUUCAUUGUUUUCUACUCUUUCUCAAAGGUAUGCUUCUCUUUCUUUUCAGUAGUUGUGAAAAGAAUUUAUGAAGAUGUGGCUCUUUGCCGCGAGAAAAUGCAUUUACAUCCUUCACAUCCCAUAAGCCUUGUGCGCAAUCAAUUAUAUCACUAUUGAAAUAUUUUUAUUUUCAUUUUGUAUAUGAUCUUCACCCCACCUGUCUGUGUGCAUGAGACCACAUCAUGCAUCAAUCUCCAAUCACUCAAUCAUUAAAUGCUCCAACAGGAAUGCGGCGGUUCGUGCUUUCUUGUGAUGGUUCAGUCGAUAAGACGUUCGAUGCUUUGAAGGCCGUUGUGAAGAACCGUUGCGCCCAUGAUCUGUGGGGCCUCUGCCAUCGGCCAAUCAGUGAAAACGUGGAGAAAGCACUUAAAUCUGGUACAACUUCUGUGUAAUCUUGUUGAAGUCCGAGUGCUUUCAAUGAAUUUUUUAAUGAGAGUUUAGAAGUACUAUAGAUGAGGUGAUGAGAAAGCAGUACUAAGUAGUGCUAUUAAGUGAUGACCAUUUUCAUACACAACUCCAGGUGCCUUUUAUUUUCAUGGGCUGACGCAUGAGGGUUAUCCGCUGAUGCUGCACAAGGUGAGGAAUUUCGACGGCAGGGUCGCAGAGAAAGAGCGCUUGAAAGCGGUAUAUAUGUUCCAGGGCUUGUGGCUACGGUACCCCUCCUAGCGUAGGGGGGGUACCGGUAGCCCCGGACCCCUUUUGGAGGCGUCUGCCGGGGGUGGAAGGCCUCAAAAGGGGGCCAAGUGACCUCCUCCGCUCCCUUCCAGGUGCUUGGCUGUCCCCUAGAGGCCUCCGACGUUGGUGGAAGGCCUCAAGGGGGGCCCAAGUGGCCCCCUCCGCUGCCUUCCAGCUGCCUGGCUGUUCCUUACAGGCCUCCGAUGUAGGUGGGAGGCUUUAAAAGGGGCACAACCAAGGGACCGCCUGCGCCCCCUUCCAGGUGCGUGCCUGUGCCCUAAGUGCGUCCGAUAUGCUUCGCCGCCGCAGCAGUUUGCCGGUUCUGGAAGGCCUCCGAAGGCAGCAAAAGGCGAGGGGCUGGACCCCCUGAGCCGUUCGGCCUGUACCCUCCGGGCCCUUGGUCAUCGGCUUGCUGGCUCUUGCGACCGUGGCCGCCUUCGGCGGCGUUUUACCCUGGAGACCUCCCGCCUGCGAGGGUCAGCAGAGGCCAGGAGAUCCCUGAGGGACACGCCGAGAGGCGCAAGGGGCCGCCUGCGCCAAGUCUUGACGCCUUCCACCACUAGAAUCCGCGAAAAUCAGCGCGGAAAAGCGCGCGCGCGCCACCCCAGACCAUACCACAGGGGGGGGGGCGCCGUGCAGCCCUAUGACACAUAUGAGCAAGCGUCUCAUGAACAUGAUGACUUAGAGAAGAUGAGCUCACUGUGGUGAGAAAGUCAAAUCUCCGAGUUUCACUAUCAGAGAAGUAGAGGCUCUUGUACAACAUACAUGAUAACUACAUGAUACUGCAGCUCUACAUGAUCUACAACGAGUUCUGAAGUGAGAUUUUUGAAAUAAAAAAGCGACAUCAGAGUCACAGAAAAUCAUCACCACAGGUCUUCCAUGCGUUAGAUAGCAUGGAGCAACAAAUAGACAUGAGGGAGUUGUCAGACGGAACGCGUGUGCGAGACCGGUGGAUCAUGUUGCUGGACCAAAGCGGGACACCGAAAUACGGCGGCCCGAGUAUGGCCUUUGCAAAGCUGCUUCUCUCUUAUGUGCUUGAAAAAAAUUGCGUAGCUUACUUGGAAGAGUGCGGGUAGUCGAUGUUUCUUUGCGACAGAGACAGAGGUUGGGGCUUGUGCGUAACAUUCAUGUUGGAGAAACACACAACCCGCUGACAAUGAAUUGAAAUUGGUACAAUCCUGCCACAACAACUAUUUGAAACACUGAAUAAGAAAUCCACCUUUUCCCUCGUGCUUGUGAAGAAUCCCCUUUCAUGCGGUACUGAUUAUCAGCUUUUACCCGGAAAUCAUGUAUCGAGUUAUCAUAGUGGACGCCGGAACUUUUCCGAACAUGGUAUACGCUUUCGUGCGGCCUUUCCUGAAGGAGGAUACGAAAAAGAAGGUGGACUUCGUCAAUCGGGGGAAGAAGCUCUCAGCUACAAAAAGUAUUUGUAUCAUCUACAUCUUUUUUUUCCAUAACCUAAUCUAAUCUAACCUAACCUAACCUAACCGUUCUAGAACUGCAUGCACAUCGACAUCCAUCAUGACGAGGCCGUUUGUUAGGUUGGUAUUUUGUUCUGUUUCGCAACGCCGUUUAUGUAUAUUUUCGGUCAGAAGUGCAACCAAUACAGCCUGUGUUUAGGACUACUUGGUACAAAUGAUUGAAAUUAGGGACGAAGAGAGUCGCUUGUGUACCCGCCUACUACUUGUCAAUGAUUCAUCAAACAGAACUGGCUCUGGAAAAUUUGCUUAACACCAUCGGGCCGGAUCAUCUUCCAAGUGAAUACGGUGGCAAAAAUCCGAUGGAAUAUGACCCUGACAAUUGGAAGUUUGGCCUUUUAGAACGUACUAUAUGUACUGUACUUGUUCUUCUGGAUCCCUUUUUUUUGAAGUCCUAGCUGUGGCCCCUACUUCAAGAACUGGAGGCUAGUAGUUUGAUUAACGCGUAUUUUUGAAGACUAGCUACUUUCACUUAUAGGAAAUAUAAAUAGAAUUUCUCCAGACGACGAACACAAUGAACCCAGAUGACUCGAGAUGAACCGCUUUUGUAUUCAAAAACAAUCGAUAUUUGUAACUAUUUAAGUACUUAUCCAGAGUAAGGCAUCCCUUCAUCAAUUGGAAUAUUCAUUUUCAGUUCCGGCUUUAGUUGAACCCGAGCAGGGGGAGCAAGCCACGUGCUUGAGUCCAGACCAAGGUGCCAAUUUCCCAAAAAGACGAUGGUCGAAGGCGUCACUUCCGAAAAUCUUGAAAAAGCCUUUGACCAUCCGAAGUAGAACGGGCAGUCGCGAAAUUCUCGUAGAGGGUGAUGUUGGGACCGCAGGCGCAUCAGGGAACGCUACUAGUACAGCCACGACGACUAGUACAGCCACCGGUGGGACGAAGUCGUCACCUGCAGAAAUAGUACCAGUAGCAGUUGGGGUGGGAACUUAUGGCAACGUUGGUGAUUGAUGAUUUGUACUCACAUAAACGCGUCGCAGAGGCCAUUCAUGGUGCGAAUGUUUCAGGCGGCCCUCGUUAAGCUAUCUGCUUUGCUUGCCAAUGUAUGUGUCCUCUAUAAUUUCUCGAGAGUUUUUCUAAUACAGAAGUGAGGGUACUAUUGGAGGCGGACGGGAACGCAGUAGCGACAGCGCUGCCGUUUCCGUUGAUACGGCCUUGCCGGUCGUGUCAAUGGAAACCUUCACACCUCUCGGAGGUGGAGAUGAUAGAGUAGCAGGACCAGGAGUGACAGCGGCAGCAGACGUUGGCGACGUCGUGACAAAGAGCGGAAGUACGGAGUCCUCGAAUAGCAUGCUGUUGACAAAUCGCAGCCCACAAUCACAGCCAGGUCCUCCAACGCCGUUUGGUGGCAACCAAGUUGUAGUGGAGACGGGAAUCAUCGGGGGCAAGAGGACGUCACCACUCUCACCGCCGCAAUUGCAGCACCCACUGGGAGCUGUAUCCUUGGGUGGUUCCGGGGAGAUGAUCAAAAGUGGCGAAUCUAGUAGACUCAGCAGCAAGGAGAGAGCGAAUAUUAAGAUCGAUUUUCUUCUUUUCUUUAUUUUCUAGUUAGGGCUCCAGCACUGGAAAAAUCUUUACAACUAUAACUCUGGGAUAGGGAUAAAAUGAUGCAAAUGACCCAUCUUUAUUUGAGCAUGUUGAUGAAGCCAUUUCCAUUGGUAAAUCAAGAUGUUGAUGUUUGUAGUUGCGCACUUUUUCCAUCUCCGGAAGAAUGUUAACUUGUUCUAAGAACAGCCUAGAUGCAGGGCGCAGGUUGGACGAUGAUCUAGCGUCAUUGCAUAGCUUUGCGACAGCGAUAUCCACUCACGACGCGCCGCAUACAACACACACUCCAGCAGGGGGAGCCGGAAUGCCUUUCCCGAGUCCAGCGACUGCAUGUAUUCAAUGAUUCUCACUAGACUAUAACUAUAUGGUCCUACCUCUGUAGCACAUCGUCAGCGUAUGAAAAUGAUCUUACUUCGUGUUUGAUGUUUGGGGAUUGGCUUACAGCAACAACAAAUUUCUCAGAUGCGGCACCAACGAUACCAGAAAAUUCCCGUUUGAAGGAUCCACUUGCGCCUUUCGACGAAAAGCCUGCGACCAGGUCAAAGUUUUGUUGUUGUGGCGCGGAACCCGCUCAGCCCCCUUUGUCGCGGAUCUAG